AGUUGAACGUGGUUCAGUAUAGUCCCAGUCACAUCCCAUAUGACCCCAGUCCUUCCCAGCAUGGUCCCAGUCAUGCCCUGUUGCCCUCAGUGUAGCCCCAUUUCUCCCCACCAUGGUCCCAAGUGUUCCCAUUGUGGUUCCAGUCGUUCCCAGUAUGGUUGACAGACACUCCCAGUAUAUCCCAGCUGCCCUCAGCAUGCUCCUAGUCAUUCCCAGUCACUCCCAGUGGCCCUAGUAAGGUUCCAGUUAUCCCAGUACAAACCAGUCACUGCCAGUGGUGCCACUGCUGGCAUCCCCCAGCCCUCUCUGCGUUCCCCCUCGCGGCUCUCCAGGCUCUCGAGAGGAGCCCCAAGGGCUGCAAGUCCCCAGCCAGGGUCCCCAGCAAGGCCCAGUUUGGAUCUGCAGCCCCCAAUGUUCCCAGUUUCCCUCUCCUUUUCCCCGGGCCGGGUUCCCCCGCCCCCAGCGGGUGGGAGCAGCCGAGAGCCCCGCGCUGCCCAUCCCGACCUGUCCCGGCUCCAUCCCCGCUGCUCCCGCAGGCUGCGAGGGGCUCGGGAACGGGGCAGGAGGAGGAGGAGGAGGGAUGGGAGAGGACCCUCAACAGCCUGGAGAGGGGCAGGGGGGACUCCUUGGAGCCCAUCACCCCCAGCAUUCCUAAGUGGGGAGAUGGAAGAGGGGGGAGCUUUUUGGAUUCCUGGGACUCCCAGCAGCCUGGGGAGGGCGGGGACCAAGUAGAGAGGGGGACCCCCAAUACAAGCGUGACCCCCAGCAGCUGGGACAGGGGGGAACCCCGAACACCAAAGGGGAGGGGCCAGAGACAGGGAACUCCUGGGAGGCUUUUCCUGAGCAGGUUUUUAUGGACACACGAUGCCUGGUGGCUUCUAGAGAUGGACUUGGGCAGAGGGACCUUCAAACUCAAUGUGCUCAUCCCUUGUUUUGCCCCAGACCAGGAUUUCCCAUUCCCAAACCUUGGCCAGAUAUAGGAGGAGGCUGCGAGGAAGAGGAAGAUGCCCCGGGACCCCCAGGCAGACAAGGAGCUGAGGACGGAGCCCAGGGAGGACAAAUCCCCGCAGCAGAACCUGGUGGAAGAGGCCGUUUUGAGCAGCUCCACGGAGCAGGAAUCCAACAGGGAGGAAAAAGCGCGGAGAUCCCGCAGGAGGAGGGGCGGCAAACGCAGCCCAGGGUGCUCUGAGGAGGACAGACCAACCCUGUGCCGGGAAGGCGGCCAGAGAUCGAGCCAGAGCUCAGACCUGGUGGUCCAUGAGCAGCUUCACAGUGGGGAGAAGCCCCACAAGUGUGGGGAAUGUCGGAAGAGCUUCAGCACGAGCUCCCACCUGAUCCGCCAGCGGAGGAUCCACACUGGGGAGAAGCCAUAUGAGUGUGGGGAAUGUGGGAAGAGCUUCUGCCGGAGCACCCGCCUGAUCAUCCACCAGAUGAUCCACACAGGGGAACGGCCCUAUGAGUGUGGGGAGUGUGGGCAGAGCUUCAACACGAGCUCCACCCUGAUCGUCCACCAGCGUAUCCACACGGAUGAGAGGCCCUACGAGUGUUCCGAGUGUGGGAAGAGGUUUCAGACCAGCUCCACUCUCCUCCUGCACCAGCGGAUUCACACAGAGGAGAGGCCCUUCCGCUGCCCCGACUGCAGGAAGGGCUUCAGGGACAAAUCCCACCUCGUCAGGCAGCGGCGCAUCCACACCGGGGAGAGGCCCUACGAGUGUCCCCAGUGUGGGAAGAGCUUCUCCAGGAGCUCUCACUUGACCAGACACCAAUGGAGGCACCGGUAAGGGAAGCCCUGCGAGUGCCCUGACUGCAGGAAGAGCUUCAUCCUCUACUCCAACUUCAUCCCCCAGCAGAGGACCCACGUUUGGCAGAGCCCUGGUGACCCACAUUCCCCGUGAUCCAGUUUGGGAAGAGCCCUGGCUGGUGCUCUCCACGUCCUCCUGGAUCCCCGUAGGCACCUGGGUGAAUGCAGGGGCUGGAACAUCCAUCGGGACUCUGACUGAAAUCGGAAAUUCAUUGGGAAGAGCUGAUUUGUUGAGUUUAUGGCCCAAAAAUUCUCUGCUCUGUCCAGUUGUUUCUU